GUCCCAUGCCCCCGUCCGUCCGGCGGCUGCGGGAGCCAUGGCGACGGCCGCCUCCAACCACUACAGCCUGCUGCCCGCCGGGGCCCCGCUGGUGCACGCAGAGCCGCCGGGCCCCAUGCAACCGCAGCAGCAGCAGCAGCAGCAGCCCCCGCCGCCGCCGCCGCCCCCUCCCGGCUCCGCCGCCGCCUACCGAGACCCCCCUCCCGGCCUGGUGCAGGCCGACUACUCUCUGCAGAGCAACGGCCACCCGCUCAGCCACGCGCACCAGUGGAUCGCCGCCCUGUCGCACGGAGGGGCCGGGGGCGACGGGUCUCCGUGGGCCGGGAGCCCCCUGGGCCAGCCGGACAUCAAGCCCUCGGUGCAGCAGCAGCAGCAGCAGCAGCAGCAGCAGCAGCCGCCCGGACGGGGCGACGAGCUGCACGGGGGCGUGGGGCUGCAGCAGCAGCAGCAGCAGCAGCAGGGUCGAGCCCCGCACCUGGUGCAUCACCCCGCCGGCCACCACGGGCCCCCGGGAGGGUGGAGGGGCUCGGCCGGUCCUCUGCAGGCCGGGCACAACGGGGGGCUGCUCUACCCCCAGCCCGGCUUCACCGUCAACGGCAUGCUGGGGGGCGGGGGGCUGCACCACCACGGGCUGCGGGACGGCCGGGAGGACCCGCACCCCCACGCCCCUCCCCCGCCGCCGCCCCCGCCGCCCCCGCCGCCCCCGCUGGGGGACCCCCACUCCGACGAGGACACCCCGACCUCCGACGACCUGGAGCAGUUCGCCAAGCAGUUCAAGCAGCGGCGGAUCAAACUGGGAUUUACCCAAGCCGACGUGGGGCUGGCCCUGGGCACGCUCUACGGGAACGUGUUCUCGCAGACCACCAUCUGCCGCUUCGAGGCCCUGCAGCUCAGCUUCAAGAACAUGUGCAAGCUCAAGCCCCUCUUGAACAAGUGGCUGGAGGAGGCCGACUCCUCCUCCGGCAGCCCCACCAGCAUAGACAAGAUCGCGGCCCAGGGGCGCAAGAGGAAAAAAAGGACCUCCAUCGAGGUGAGCGUCAAAGGGGCCCUGGAGAGCCAUUUCCUCAAAUGCCCCAAGCCCUCGGCCCAGGAGAUCACCUCCCUGGCGGACAGCCUGCAGCUGGAGAAGGAGGUGGUCCGGGUCUGGUUUUGUAACAGGAGACAGAAGGAGAAAAGGAUGACCCCCCCCGGGGGGACCCUGCCGGGCCCCGACGAGGUCUACGGGCCCGGCGGCAGGGACACCCCUCCCCACCACGGGGUGCAGACCCCCGUCCAGUGACGCCGCUCUCCUCCUCGUCCUCCGCCCUCCCCUCCCCCCCGCC